UUGCGAAAGAACUACUUAGUUCAACUUUUAGAAUUUGAAGGUAAUAUUGGAAGUGCAAUGAGUAUGAAUAUAAAUUGAUAUACCAUGGAGUUCAGUAAUAAUCGAAAAGCAAGCUGUAAAUUUGUAAUUCUAUGUGUAUGUUUUCUUUCUCUUACCGAUGCAACAUCUUUUGUGGACAUGGAUUCUUUGUACAAUACGCUUACCUCUGGACAUAACAAGCACUUAAGACCUGAGGUAGAUUUAAGCAGUUCUACAGUAAUAUCUAUAGACUUUUAUAUACUUAAUUUACAGGAUGUUAAUGAAGUAGAUGGAACAGUUUCAAUAACUGGUUAUUUCAACAUUCAAUGGACAGAUAAUAAUAUGGUAUGGACCCCUGCUGAUCACGGUAAUGCAGAGUAUAUUGUUUUACCUGAAAAUGUUAUUUGGAAACCUCCCCUGAUAAACUCAAAUAGUGCACAAGAAAUGGCAAUGUUUGGUAUGGAAGAUUUAUCCUUGUAUGUACGUUAUAACGGACAAGUUACAUGGCUUCCUGGACAAAAUUUGAAGUUCACUUGCAGCUUCGAUAUAACGUACUUUCCUUUUGAUACUCAAAAAUGUACUUUGCUAAUAAUAACAUGGGGACAUGUUGCUCAAGACAUUGUUUUUAACGCUCUUAACUCAACGAUACAGACAGCUUUAUAUUCUAUAAAUAGUGAAUGGGAACUAAGUAAUACAUCUGUUACAGUAGAUACCACAGGAACACCAAUGACAAGUUUUACCUUCCACUUCAAGAGACGUCCACUGUACUUAACGAUGACUUUAAUACUUCCCUGUGUUUUUCUUGUUCUUUUGAACAUUGGUGUCUUCCUCCUGCCGACUGAAUCUGGAGAAAGGAUUGGAUUUGCGGUAACUCUUUUAUUAGCUGUUGUAUUAUAUCUAACGAUCGCACAAGGGCUACUUCCGGCCACCGCUUUACCAAGGAUUUCUGCAAUUUGUGUAUUUCUUAUGAUUGAUUUCAUGAUGAGUGGUUUAAUUGUAGGAUCCGUCAUCGUGAGCUCUAGAUUUUAUUUCAAAUCGGAAGAUGAGCCAAUUCCAAAUUGGAUAAAGAAAAUUGUUACAUUCCAGCUUUGUUGCCGAGCUAAAAACAGAGUUCAUGAUGGCCAAAGUACUGGGACUGGCAGACAUGAAGAUAAAGAUGAAGCUUUAUUUAGGAAAGAGAAGGUUGACGAUUCGCAUAGAAAUGAAAAAGAAAUUACGUGGCAAGAUGUCUCGAGAUCAUUUGAUUACAUUUCCCUUAUAUCUUAUAUGAUGAUGUUUAUUGGUUCCAAUUUAAUGUUUAUCAUUGAUGUUGUACAAGGAACUUCAUAAUCAUUCACAGCUGUUUUCGUCUUUUCACCCAAUUUUGUUUUUUUUUCCGAAUAAGGCAGCAUAGGGUUAAGGUAACCAACAGAAGAGGCAUGUAAGCACGACAAUAAUGCUUGUGUAACCCAAUCAAAUGUUGUGUCUUUUCCAAGUGGGGCUAUAAGAACUAAUUUUUCGUUGUUUGUCU